UUGAUUAGUCUCCAAGUAAACGCAAGCCGAAGAAGACGUCGCUGGUUGGAUUGAGUUGGAUUUUGGAUUUAGUUUCGAUUGGAUUGAAAGACCGUUAAACACUCACAACACUUUGGAUAUUUGUUGUUUGGUUUCCCGAUUUGGUUUUCGAGCGUUUCUUUAUUGCGAUGCGAUCAAUGGCAUCGCAGAGCAGCAUGAGAACGCCGCAGCUGCCGUUGACUGUGCUCCUUCUGUUGAUGUUUCUGGUCAGCACACUGAAUGGCAUCGAGGCGCUGCGAAGGAACUUCGAUGGACGCCAGACGAGUCUCAACACAAACACAAACAUUCCGCUGUGGAAGCAGCGCGCAUGUGAGAAGCCGCAAAAGUACAAGAUGAACUCGCACUACACCUGCGACGAGAAGGGAGAUGUCAAGUGUCUUCCUGGGUGGCAGGGCGAUCUCUGCCAGGUGCCGAUGUGUCGUCGAGGCUGCGAUCCCAUGAAUGGCUACUGCCAACGUCCGGGAGAGUGUCGUUGUCGCAUAGGGUACAGCGGGGAGCAGUGUGAUAAAUGCAUUCCGCUGCCCGGUUGCCAGCAUGGGACUUGCAACAAACCCUUCGAGUGCAUCUGCAAACCGGGCUGGGACGGACUCUUCUGCACCGAGCCCAGCUGCCGCAGUGGCUGCCACAGCACUCGUGGCUACUGCGAGGCACCUGGCGAGUGUCGCUGCCGCAUCGGGUGGGCGGGACGCAGUUGCAGCGAGUGCGCCACGAUGCCGGGAUGUCAGCACGGGACUUGCAACAAGCCACUCGAAUGCCUCUGCCAGCCGGGCUACACGGGUCUCCUCUGCCAGACAGCACUUUGCGCCUCGGACUGCAACAAGCAGCAUGGCUACUGCCGCAAGCCUGGCGAGUGUCGCUGUAAAGUGGGCUGGACGGGGGCGCAGUGCGACAAAUGCUUUCCGUAUCCUGGCUGCGUCAACGGCGACUGCGACGCGCCGUGGGAAUGCAACUGCCGACCAGGCUGGGGCGGCAUGCUAUGCGAUGAGAAGCUGAGCUAUUGCAGCGAUCAUCCGGAGACGUGCGAGAACAACGGCAAAUGCAUCUCGCUGAGCCGUGAGGAUGGCAGCUAUCGUUGCCACUGCCGUCAAGGGUAUCUGGGCAAGAACUGUGAGAUUGCCGAUGACUUUCUGCUCACCUCGGUGGCGCCACCACGCAUCACGCCACCGGAUUCGGAGUCAGAGUCAGAGUCGGUCACAGCUGCUGGGCCUGAGGAUGAAGUGGAUGACUCGGUGGAGAAGCAGUCGACGACAAAGUUGGCAACAAACAGUGCAAAUUUCACGACAACAACACCGAGAACAACCACAACAGCAACAGCCGAGGCAGCAACAGCAGCAGUGACUGUGGCAGCAACAGCAACAGCAUCGAGUGGCAAUGGCAAGGAAGAGGCAACAGAGAAAACGACGACAACGACAACGACAACACGUGCCGCAGGCAGCGGCAGCCACAAUGCGACUAAUGAAGCGUUAAGCGAUGUUGCAGCUGCUGAUGAGGCGACAACAUUGAGGCGUGCCACGACAACAACAACAACAGCAACAGCUACAGCAAACUUUACACUAACAACAACUACAACAGAGGCUGCUGCAACAAGUGGCAGUGGCAGUGGCAGCAAGGACGAUGCCACACAAUUGAAUGCACAGGAACAGCUGACGGCAAAGCCCAUCAAGCCAGACCACAAUCAGCAGCAGGAUAACAACAACAACAACAACGAUGACGAUGACGAUGAUGAUGAUGAUGACGAUGAUGAUGACGAAGAGGAUGAUUACGAGGAUGGCGAUGGCGAUGGAGAGGAAUACGAGGACGAAGAGGAUGACAACGAUCAAAUCAUACCAAAUAUUAUCUGAGCAAUGGGCAAACAAAUUGCCUCGAAUUUAAAUGCAAUUCUAUUUUUUUUAUUAUUAU